CCGCGAAGGGGUGUGCGUUUUGAAGGUUGUAUGAAGCUAAACACCACCGCAGACAAGAGCAGUCGCCACUUGCCUUGACAUCAACCCGGGACAAGCCUCUGAAGCCGGGGCGGAGCACAGCCCAAGUCUUCCCUCACACCCCGCCCCGCUCUGCUCUCAUCCUCCUUCUGGGCUUGAGCCCCCCGACCGACCAAGGUCUUGUCAUCCCGGGGACACGGUGGAACAGCCCCAGACGCGGACGUUAAUAUCAAAAAGUUAAAAACGCAUAGGGCGCGCGGCAAAAUGCAAUGUGUCUGCAGCGCGGCUUCUCUUCAAGGUCAGCAUCCGAGCACCGCCGCCCCACGGACGCGUUCUUUCUCGGGCAGUCGGAGGGAAGAAGAGGCGUGGAUGGGAUGCCGCUGUGUCUCGCUCGCCUCCAGCAUCAACGACGUUUCAACGAGGAGAACAUUGAUAGGAGGCACUGACACAGAAACGUGUGGAACCACGUUGUAAAAACAACAACAACAACAACAACAACAACAACAAACAACCACCACCGACUCGCCGAGGCUGGCUUUUAACAGCCGAGUUGUCUGAAACAAAACUCUCAAACAUCUUGGCGUUUCCUGCUUUCUCUCAACGGCCUGCGAGGCUGGGACUGUUUACCUGGCUAAAGGCAGCAGCGCUGUCAGUCAAGCUAGCCUCACGUCACCGGACGUUUGGGUCGGUUAGAACUAGUCCAACCGACCGUUAAAGUCACUUCCCCCGGUUGAGAGUACGUUAACGUACGUUAACUAACGUAACAUUACAAAGUUGCGUUCAACUCCCUCGAACUUGCUUGGGUUUACAAGCGGACUUUUAUUAUCUCCUUUCUUUUCAAAUUACAUCGCUUUUUUCUUGUUUUUUUGGGGGGUUUCGACAACAUGCCUUCGAGGACAGGUUCACACGGCCGAGUCGGCACCGGUAGGAGUUUACCGGAGCGGGGACUGCUCCUGCUGGUUGUUUUGGUGUUACUCGAGGGCUCCGUGCGUCCUCUCGGAGCCGCCAGCUCUCCGGAUACGGGCCGCCAGGAAGAGUUGGACACCCGCAAAACCACCGAAAGAGAGAACUACACUAAAAAGGCUUUCCCUGUGCUCAGCCUCGACUACCAUCACAUACACACUCCCUUUGAAAUCUCGCUAUGGGUGCUGCUGGCCUCGUUGAUGAAAUUAGGGUUCCACCUGAUUCCUCGCCUGUCCGGUAUUGUGCCAGAGAGCUGCCUGUUGAUUGUGGUUGGUCUGCUUGUGGGGGGGCUCAUCAAACUAGCCGGGGAAAAGGUCCCCCCAGUGCUGGACUCCAAAUUGUUCUUCCUCUGCCUGCUGCCACCCAUCAUCCUGGAUGCCGGCUACUUCCUGCCUAUCCGUCCCUUCAUGGAGAACCUGGGCACGAUCCUGAUGUUUGCUGUCGUGGGGACCUUGUGGAACGCCUUCUUCGUCGGAGGUCUGCUGUAUGCUGUGUGCCAGAUCCAGCCUGGCAACUAUUCCGACCUCCACCAGCUCGAGCUCCUACCCUGUCUGCUGUUCGCCUCCAUCAUCUCAGCUGUGGAUCCUGUUGCCGUGCUGGCCGUGUUUGAGGAGAUCCACAUCAAUGAACUGUUGCACAUUCUGGUGUUUGGCGAAUCUCUGCUCAACGAUGCUGUCACUGUGGUGUUAUACCAUCUGUUUGAGGAGUAUUCAGGUGCCGGCACGGUGACGAUAUUGGACUGUGUCCUGGGAGUCAUCUCCUUCCUGGUGGUUUCGUUAGGUGGCGUUCUUGUGGGAGUUAUCUAUGGGUUCCUGGCCGCCUUCACCUCACGCUUCACCUCCCACACACGUGUCAUAGAGCCACUUUUUGUCUUCGUGUACAGCUACAUGGCCUACCUGUCAGCUGAGAUGUUCCACCUCUCUGGCAUCAUGUCGUUAAUAGCUUGUGGAGCGACGAUGCGACCCUAUGUGGAGGCCAACAUAUCCCACAAGUCCCACACCACCAUCAAGUACUUCCUGAAAAUGUGGAGCAGCGUCAGUGAAACACUGAUCUUCAUCUUUCUGGGUGUGGCCACGGUGGACGGACCUCACCUCUGGAACUGGACCUUCGUCACCGUCACUGUCAUUCUGUGUCUGGUGUCACGGGUCAUAGGUGUGGUUGGUCUGACCUACGUGAUCAACAAGUUCCGCAUCGUCAAGCUGACGACCAAGGACCAGUUCAUUGUGGCCUACGGUGGCCUGCGAGGUGCCAUCGCCUUCUCUCUUGGCUUCCUGCUUGACAAGAAGCACUUUCCCAUGAGGGAGAUGUUCCUGACUGCCAUCAUCACCGUUAUCUUCUUCACGGUCUUUGUUCAGGGCAUGACCAUCAAGCCCCUUGUGGAGCUUCUGGCAGUGAAGAAGAAACAGGAGGCCAAGCGGACGAUUAAUGAGGAGAUCCACACCCAGUUCCUUGACCACCUUCUAACUGGAAUCGAGGACAUUGUGGGACACUAUGGACACCAUCACUGGAAGGACAGAGUAUGAACUUAACAAUUGAACCGCUUCAACAAGAAGUAUGUGAAGAAGUUCCUGAUCGCCGGCGAACGCUCCAGGGAGCCGCAGCUCAUCGCCUUCUACCACAAGAUGGAGAUGAAACAGGCCAUUGAGAUGGUGGAGAGCGGGGGAGGAGUCAAGCUGCCAGCUGCUUUACCCUCCACAGUUUCCCAUGCAGAACAUCCAGCCCAAGAAGCCUCCGCCUGCCAAGCCCGCAGAGAGAGCUCUGUCGCAGCUGCCGAAAGAGGCCGAGAGGAGGAGAUCAGGAAGAUCCUCAGGAGCAACCUGCAGAGGACACGACUGAGGCUGCGCUCCUACAACAGACACACACGUGCUGAUCCGUUCGAGGACGGCUUCGGUGACUUCAUCAUCAAGAAGCAACAGAUGAUUGAUCUGGAGAAGAAGAUUACAGACAUGAAUAACUACCUGACGGUGCCUGCUGCUCCGCCUGACUCCCCGACCAUGUGUAGAGCCAGACUGGCCUCAGACCCGCAAGCCUACAUGAAGCCGGCGUCGGACAGCGUGCCGACCAUCCAGGUGGACCUGGCCUCUCCAUCAGUCUCCACUACCAUCAACCUGAUGGAUGAGUUAAGAGCGCCCAAGAAGAACAAGCAGCAGGAGGUGGACCAGGGCCUGAUGAUGAAGUCGCCCUCAGGCGAGGGGGACGCAGGCCGAGAGCAGAAGAUGACGAGGUGCCUGAGCGACCCCGGCCCCAGCGCGGACGAGGACGAGGACGAACCCUUCCUGCCUUGAUACAGCAGCCUGGAUAUGGAGGGGGCAGGGGGGA